GAAAACACAAUCAACUUUCAAAGAUGCCAAAGCCUUUAUGUUUCCAUCUUGUUUUAUUUUAUUCCCAGAGGAAUCCAGCAGCAGUUGUCCAGCUACAGGGAGACAGUGGUCCGGCAGGCCACGGUGGCGGCAGGCUCGACCGUCCACCGGGACGAUGCGCCUACAUGCGGCAUUUGCCACAAGACCAAGUUUGCAGACGGCUGCGGGAACCUGUGCUCGUACUGCCAGACCAAGUUCUGUGCCCGCUGCGGCGGGCGAGUGUCGCUACGAUCCAACACGGAGGACAAAGUGGUGAUCUGGGUGUGUAAUAACUGCCGGAAGCAGCAGGAGCUCCUGACCAAGCCGGGCGAAUGGUUCACCGGCCCGGCCGGGAAGCCCGCCGGACUCGGUUCGGCCAUCAGCGAGCCGUCUGUGUGCCAGACGAUCGGCGACAAGAAACUUCGGUCUCGCUCCCAAGCGCCCCUGUGCUCCACCGCGGUGAUCCAAGACCCCAACCGACCCGGUGCGCCUGGGACCGUGCCCGGCACCGACACCCGGUCGCGCAGUGAACCACCACGAGAUACGAGAAAUGGAAGGGGAGGCGGAGGAGCUGGUCGGGGAGAGCAUCACCCGGGUCAGCCCAGACUGCAGACCCAGGUCUCCAUGGACCGGGACCUCCGGGGGGAGUCCAGGGAGCGCAGGGAGAGCCGGCGGCUGUCGAAGGGACGCUCUUUGGAGCACGAUCCUGUGGGAGGAGUCAGCGGGGUAAGGCGGACAGAAGAGGGGGGCUACUAUCACAUGGACCACAGCGGUGCCCCCCCUCGCCAAGCAGGGCCGGUCCCACCUGGAGGCCGGGGCCACCCUGUGCAGGGUCACGGCGGGGGUGUGGGAGGGGAGGUUGGGGAUGGCGUGCGACCCGGUCAGAGGACAGUGGGUGGGGUGGGCGGGCCACACGAACACACCCUCGCUCAGCAACCCCUUCCCCCUGAACUCAGAGAGCCUCCCAACUCGGCCCCCAGCCAGGGGCCCAUGGUGAGACGGACCAAACGGGAGAAGGCUGAAAGCAUGCUGCGCAACGACUCGCUGAGCUCCGACCAAUCGGAAUCUCUGCGCCCACCACCGCCGAGGCCCUACAAGUCGAAGCGGGGGCUGGGGGCCGGGGGGAAGAGGCAGACCAGCGUCAGCAGUUCGGAGGAGGAGGGAGGGACCACGCCCGAGUACAGCAGCUGUGAAGACGCCGAGAUCGAAAGUGUCAGCGAGAGAGGCGACUGGGAGUGCUACCCCCACGACCCCACCGUAUGGCAUCAUCCUGUCACCUGGCAGCCGUCCAAGGAGGGAGACCAUCUAAUAGGACGAAUCACCCUCAGCAAGAGGAGCACCACCAUGCCAAAAGAAGCCGGAGCUCUGCUGGGGUUAAAGGUGGUGGGAGGCAGAAUAACAGAGUCAGGGAGAUUAGGUGCCUUCAUCACUAAAGUCAAGAAAGGAAGCCUGGCUGACGUGGUGGGACAUCUCAGAGCAGGGGAUGAAGUUCUGCAGUGGAACGGGAAGCUGUUACCGGGGGCGACCAUGAAGGAAGUUUACAACAUCAUCCUGGAAUCUCAAGCCGAGCCUCAAGUGGAGCUGGUGGUAUCCAGGCCUAUUGGGGUGUAUAGAAAAUAUCAUGAUAUCCCAAGAAUCCCCGACACGUCCCACCCUCCAUUAGAAUCUACAGGUUCCAGUUCUUUUGAGUCCCAGAAGAUGGAGAGACCAUCCUUAAAUGUCCUGUCUCCCUCCAGUCCCGGGAUGCUCCAAGAUGCACCACAGUUAAUGCCAGGGCAAAUCUCAGUGAAGCUGUGGUAUGACAAAGUGGGUCAUCAGCUAAUAGUCAACGUGCUGCAGGCCGCAGAACUUCCUCUUCGGCCUGACGGGCGUCCCAGGAGCCCUUAUGUCAAAAUGUACUUCCUACCUGACCGCAGUGACAAGAGCAAACGAAGGACGAAAACAAUGAAGAAGACCUGUGAGCCCAAGUGGAACCAGACGUUCGUUUACCCUCACGUCCAUCGCAGGGAUUUCCGCAACCACAUGCUGGAGCUGACUAUAUGGGAUCAGCCCAGGUCACCGGACGAGGACAGCACCUUUAUGGGAGAGAUUCUGAUAGAGCUGGAGACGGCCUUGCUGGACGACAAGCCCCACUGGUAUCCACUCCAAACCCACGACGUCUCAUCCAUACCGCUGCCCCGACCCUCUCCAUACCUGCCCCGACGACACACAGACGCCCCCGGCAAGAAGCUGCAGCGUUCUCGGCGUGUAACAGAGCCUGAAUUUGAUGAAGGUACAGCAGUAGUGGCUAAAGGUGGGUGGGGAUUGUUUCCUAGUAUUACUGUCAGUGUUUCCCGCAAACUCUACUUUAUUUGUGGCGUUUGUUUAUGAGCCAUUGCUUGGCUGGAUACAGGUGUUGGCAUUCUUUUAAAUUUUUGUGCCAAAAUGAGUCCCGUCAUUUUUUCACAAAAUGCAGCAGAAACUAAAGAAAAGCUCAAGUUAAAAUGUGUUUUAUUGCAUUGAAAUUAAUGAAAUAAACUGUUAUUAAUGACACUUAAGUCGUCAUGUGACAUCAAAGCUUUUUAUUGUACCUCUGCCCGACAGUGCUAUUGACUUGAAAUAGAAUUUAAAAUCAAAAAUCUAAAUAGAUAUAACAAUGUGACAGGCCACCACAAAUAAAUCAUGUGGAAACACUAUCAUGUCACUACACUAUCACUACAUGUUGCCAUGGGGAGAAACCCUCCAGGCUUCAUGCACCUCUCAGGCAUGGUGCUGCCUCAGAAAUGGAACAAGUCUCCAUCUAAAAUCUAAAAUAUAAUUUAUUACUGUGUCUGUUGAAACACUCCGCCUCUUGUUUGUGUGUGUGUUUAAGUCAAAAACUCUAUACUGAAAAUGUCUGUGUGUGGUAGGGUUGGACUGCUAUAUAGAUGUGUUGAUGUAGGCUGAUAUUAUUUAUUUAUUUUCAGGAUUUAACACCAUUUCACCCUGACAAGUAAAAUGUGGUGUGAAUUCCUGUGUGUUUAACCAAAUUCCACAUCAAAGUGAAAAAUAUAAUCAUCCUGGAUUUCAUAGUAAUGUGUAAUUUGUGCCUGUUUCGGACACUUUGUACCUUGACAGUAGAUUUGUGGUGGAAACCCUGAAUACUUCAGUGUUGAACUACUGAGGACGAGGGCAGCAGCAAAACAUAUUUUCAACACUUACAAAAAAAUCAAUAUCAGUUUUAGUGGAUGCUAUAUUUAGAAUAUUUUCGCCGCUUCACCUUGCCGUCAGACGGCCAGUUCUGACGGAGAACAGUUGCCGUCUUUUGUGUUAUUGUAUAACUUUGGUGAACCAGAAUUAAUCUUUUAUAACACCAAAAGAGAAUCAUACAAAUAAACUAAUCUAUUGAGGCAGCGUUGUAGCCAUAAAAUUAUCAGAAUCUGGUGAUGUAACGGCUUCAGUUCCCUGUCAGAAAGGGCUGUCUGACGGCAAGGUAAAGUGGUGAAAAUAUUGUAAAUAUAACAUACACUUAAACUGAUAUUCAUUGUUUUAGAUGGGCUAGAUCACUUCUCUCACGGAAAUCAAUCUCGUCAGGGUUGAGGUAAUGCGUUUGUGCACACAUGCCGGUGACUGGAUCAAUCAGUGUCCUGUGAGGAGCUACCGGCAGCUAUAUACAUACACCGGCAACAGUUCGCUAAAUGCUAAAAUGGUUAGCGUAGAUGCUGCAGUAGCAUUAGUUAUAAUACUGUUUAUAAUACUAGUAUUUCUUCAUCAAAAGAAGAGCAAAGAACGGCCCUGAAGGCUUUUUUUUGAUGGAAAAAUGUUUUUCGCUCCUCCCUGACUGGAUUCAGUAAGAGUUUGAUUGACAGACAGUUCAUCCAAUCACCUGCCAAGUCUUUUUUUUUUUGAAAGUGCAGUUUCCAAAGACGGCUUCUCAGAUGGUUCUGUGCGACAAACCAUCUGGCGGGUCAGGUUGUGCUUUUUUUUUAGAGGUCUUAAAACAUUUUCCUGCUGCUCCGUUUCAACUGCUGUGCUCGGUACUCUCUGUUUCUCCAAGAUAAAGGCAGAAAAAACAGAAACUAUCCCUUAAAAACUGGUCAAAUUCUAAGAUGUUGAGUAUCGGCUCAUCGUGUCAAUGUAUUAGUCCAAGCCUACUAUGGAUCUGUGUUUUUUGUUAAUGAGCACUCAAGUUAGAAAAGAGAGACAGAAGGGAUGGAAAAAAUACACCGCUUGGACCAACUUUUUUCUUUUAAUUCCCAUGCAUGGCAGGAAUAAAUGAAAAACCUUGGUAGGACUUAAAGCAAAGCCAGCGGCCCCGCUGUGAGCUGUGAAGUGCUGUUCUUUUGGAAACAAAACCAGUGGCCAUGGCACCACGAACAAAGCCUGACACAGUCCCACAGAUCCCUGAUCAGUCUUUGUUUAUAUUUUUAUCUUCAGAUAUAGUUCCGCUAUGCCACCAAAGAAGGAGAAUGUUUUUUUUAUUUUUAUUUCACUACAUUUAAAAAAUACAGGACACAGGACUGAAAAAAGCUAACUGCAGUAGUUCUAUCAUUAAGCCAGUCUUUAAAUAGUCUGUAUCCUUGAGACAGACUUUCCUGCUGUAGUUGCCAAACAUGAAUAUAUUCAUGUUAGCAUGCGACCAUAAAUAGAUAGGAAAAAUUGGGUUUGAUUUCAUGCAAGCCUUCGGGAUAAAAUAUAGUUUAUAAUGUCAACUUUUUGAUGUUUUUGGGUGCCUGGAUAAUUCUAAUUCAUAUUCUGCAGUUUUGCUAAAACUAAUGUGUAGCUGCAGAGGUGGUUGUAGAUUUCACUUAACUGUAAAUCAACUGCGGAUCUGGGCUGUACAUUUCCACUGCAAACUACUGAAUAGUUCCCUUUAUAUAUGACAUAUUUACACUCAUUUCUGAUUUCAUUUUUUCUCAUGAGCGUGUGUUUAUA